AUGAAUUCAAGAAAUGCCUCGAACUUCAAUAAGAAGUCUUCAGAAGCUCGAUUGAAUAAGAUCGAACGAUUAUACAAUGAAAGGAAAAAUAAACAAAUGAAUGAUUAUGAAAAUAAAAGUACAACUCUUGGAAAUAAUACAGUUAAAGUGGAGGAUCAAGACGAAUUUUAUGAUGCAGACCUUGAGGAACAUAGUCAGAACUGGUCUGGGGACUUGUUAAACCAGGAUGAUGUUACAGAAUCGAAUUAUUAUCCGACAUUGAUAUCGCCAGAUACCAUCGCUGCGAUGAGAGGCUAUAGAGAUGAAGAACACAACGAUAGCCAAAGGAAGGUUGGUCAAAAUAGUAACACUAUCAAUAUACGAAAGAAUAGGCGAGAUAAUUCGCAAGGAAGACGACAUUAUUCAGUAAGAAAUGUUUUAGGUGAUCCUCUUCCGCUACCUUAUAUCAACAAUGGAAACGAAAAAGACAGUGAGAAACCAAAAUCCGUAAUUACUAAAGAUAGGUUAUUGCAGAAGAAGAACGAAAUGAAUAACAAAUGGCGAAGAUUGCUAACUCAAGACAAAGUUAUGAUUGAGAGACGACUUCAAGAAUUGAGGAAAUUAGAAAAUGUUCCCUCGGUGGAAAAAUGGAUCGAUCCUUCAAAAAAUCCCUAUAUUCCUAAACAUGAUGAAGCAGAACACAGUUUACAUAAUUCAUCAGCAAUAAAUCAUGAUGAACAAUCGGAUAAUGCAACGCAUCAUCGAGCUUUUUCCAUCGAUUCUAUCUCUAAAUAUCAUUCGCCGUCACAGUUUUCCACUGGAGUGGAUUCAUACACUUCACAAACCUUGCUAAGGUUGCAAGAGGACAUCGAAGAAAACAAACGAAAGCUGGAUAUAAUAAUUAAUUUAUUAAGAGGACAGCAAUCAACAACCAAUGACAACGACAAGAGUAUUUCUCGAGAAAUUCUGUACUGGACGAUUUGUAUUAUUAUACUUUUUAUUUGCAAUAUCUAUGUGUAUUAUUAUAUGUAA